AGCCCAUAAACUCGUUGCAACCCGAGUUUCCGGCGUCACUGACCCGAAAAAGCUCCUCCUUUUACACCAUCGGAGCCGGUGCAUAUCCUUGUCGUGACCCGGCCGUCUCCGACACCUCUGGCACGUUUACCCGCGCCACGUGGAACAUCCAACACCUGUUCGAGAUAAAUAAGCAAAAUGGAUGUGAAAAGACGAUUGCCAGAAUGGAUGCAUUGUUUGCCUGCUUCUGAUCAUGGGAAGAAGUCUGAAACUCGAGAUUUCAGUAAUGGUGAAAACGGUGAGGAGGUUGAGAUUAAGAGGAAAUCCAAAAUGAAAGAAGUUAAUGAUGGUCAGGUAAAGAAGAAAAGAAGAAUUAAGGAUGCAAGCAGUUGUGGAAGUGCGGAGAAGAGGUUGAAGAAAAAAUCUAAAACUAAACAUGUAAAGUCUGGUGAAAACAUAGAUGCAAAAGCAGUAGUGAAAGAAAACACAAGUGACAAUUGCAGAAGUGAAAUGGAAAUAAAGUUGAGAGUGAAGCAGACCGGAGAAAAGCAGCAUAAAAGGGCGAGGGAUGAUAUGAAUGACUUGAGAAGCAGGAGAAAGAUAAAUUUGGAAGAUAACAGUUGUGACUUUGACCCAAAAAAACAUUUUGGAGUACAAAAACAUAUUGAUGAAGCUCAAACUCCUCCUGCGAAAAUAAUAAGAACAAAGGCUAAGAGCUCUGCUAUUGAGAUCAUUGAUAAAAAUGAAAGCUUGCCAGAAAUUGAAGAUAAGGAGUAUGGCUUUGAAGAUGAAGAUCUUACUGUUGAUGAUUUGUUGACUAUCGCUAAAGAGAUUGUUAAUGAAGAGGGCAAAGCUGAGCAAAAAGGUAAAUAUGGAUUAACCGGGACUGAAGAAAAACGCGAGGCCCUUCCCCCUUUACCGAAAAUCACACCAAAUCUUCCUCAGACUAUGUUGGAGUUGAUUUUGGGCCCUCUAUAUAAGAGCGUUCAAUGAAAGGAGAAUGUAAGAGACAACAUUGAGUUCACUCAUACACAUUCAAAAUUUCAAAUGGAAGUAGUGAUGUCAAGGAUCAUCGAGCUCCUCUGUCAACAAAAAGGGCAGUCUGAAAGACAAGGUAGCAUAUAAAUAUAUACACAUACGUUUGGCUUGUAUAGGAAUACACUUCCUCCAUUUUGGGGGUGCUAUUUGGAAAUUGGGUUUUGUUCUGAAGGCUUUUGGAGGGGAAGGCAAAGGGGGGUUAUAUAAUUUUUUAUGCUGUUAUAAAUAAAUGACUAGGACAUUAUAUUUUCGGAGUACUUAUUUUCCAUUCUAUAUCUUUUAUUUUGAUAAUAAAUUAUCAUCAAUGAACAUAUUUUUUAAACUACAAGUAACCCGUCCCUCCAAAACCUAACCCCCAACCAAAUAUGGAAUAGGAACACAUUAUUUAAUUUAUUCAUUUUCAAUUUGUUACUAACUAUUAGUGUCAAUAGUUUUCUGAAAUGUGGUUAGUUCUUCACGGAAAGGUGUGUGGCUCAUCAAUGUUUAGCUCUUUAUUGUGUGUAGUGUAUACCUGCACAAGAAUAGGUUCAACACACGGUCGGGCCGGGCUUCUAAUUAGUUUUCUGCUCAUUAGUGUAUGCGGGCCUGACCACUUGUUUAUAGACGCCAAUAAGAGCACGCCAGGUACUUCAAAGGGUAUCUCGGCCCGCGAAAACCUAAAUUUUUUCAAAAUUAUCAAAACAAUUUUUACCACUUUUAAAAAUAAUAUUAUAACAUUUUACAAAUUGUUAAUAUGUUGAUAAUCUUUACAGGCUUCUCACCACAUACAUAAAAAAUAUUUACACAAAAAGAUUCAUGAAAAACUAUAACUAAAAUUUAAAAUUCAAGUACAAGGUAUUAUAUAUAAGCAUAAAAUAGGUAGUAUAUUAUAAGGUAUUAGAUUAGUUGUUAAGAACUAAAAACUUAAAUUUAAACAUAAUGAACCAUAAAUAUAUAUAAAGAUAAAAUAGUAAAUGUAAAUAUACACCUCUUCAUGUAAAAAUAAAUAAAUUAGUAUAUCAAUAUAUGUAUAUACUCCGUAUAUACUAAAUGUAUUGGAUUGGGCUUAUCGUCCCGAACGGGCUUACACCCUAACCCAUGCCUGCCCAUAUGCUAUUGCUAACUCGGCCCGGCCUGGUGAAUAAAUAUAUACCAAGUAUGCCCAGCUUGCCCAUGUGUGCAGAUGGGCCGGGCCAGCCCUUUUUGUGCAGGCCUGGUACUGUAAAGUGGCUAUGAGCAAAUUUUGUUGCAGUGUUUAUUUAGCCAUGUUGUAAAUUCUUUUGUUUUUAGAUAUCAGUUUGAUACAAAUUUCUAUGCACGAAAAUUGUUUUUGCUAUUUUAGUUAUAACCGGAUAACCAUCAAACGGUUUCGGAUAAUGUAAGAGGCCCUCCAGCUCCAAAAAAGAUUUGUAUGACCACACAAAUCCUAUUUGAAGAAGUAAAAUCACGUUGUUUACAUAUUGUACUAUGUGCUGUUGACAUUGCAUCCUUAUAAUAGGGAUAAAAAGUGGCGAGGAUAUAUAAAUAUAUUACACUCACAUGUUAUUGUUCUUUUGGAGCAAAAGGAAUCCUAGUUGAUCUGCCUAGAAUAUAAAUUAUUACUCCACUUCCUAGAUUGGCCGCUCUGCUCUGUAAAGUGUAAAAGGUAUGCAUCGGAUAUAUGCACAUAAAGGUGGGUAAGAGAAAAGGGGGUGAAUCACAUCUAUGAAGGUCCCACGGCAGGAGAAACAAAUUGGUGGUUAUCUUGAUGUACAGGAAAAUUGGAAGGAAUUCCUGCUUCUCUUACUCCGUCACCCGCCCCAUAUUUUGGCACCCGUCCUGUUUUCUGGUGGGGAAUAUCUGACCCGCUCCGAGCUCCGUCAUAUUUUACAUUUUUUCCAUGCGGGACGGGUGCCUUUGGGUCUCACACCCAUUGCCAUUUCUAAUCUCAGGAGUGCUUUAUUGACGGAGAAGGUAAUGUAGUGCUAGAGACUAAUAACACACUCCACAGGCACUAGCAAUUUAUGUACUGGAAAUACAUGUACUAGAAAAUUGCUUUCUGAAUAUGGAGUAUCAUACUAGUCUCUUUCUCGAUAUGUCUGAAUUCAUUUGUAUUUUGUAUCUAGUCAAAAAUGGAAAUGCUCAAACUCUGUAUGUAUAUAUAUAUAUAUAUAUAUAUUGUUUUAGAAAAGGGAGAAUUUCACU